CUGCUUUCCAGUGGGAUACCAAAAGACAGUAAAGAAUAAAUAAAGGAAGUGAAAGAGUACGAAGCAAGAAUUACCCAUAAAAGCCAAAAAAAUGGUGGAGAAAGGAUUGAAGAAAACGGGAGACAUGCAGUUUUUGGACACAUUGCACGUAAAAGCUGAUACAUAUUUAGGGGUUCAUCAGCCUUCUUUUUCUACACCAUUUCGUCCCUCUUGAUCUCUUUUUCUACUUGGCCAUGGGGUUCUCACCUUUCAAAAUGCCCAUUUACAGUUCAAAGUGUGGUCUAAUAAUUAUGUUUCUUAUGAGUUUAUGUUGUAUUCAUCCUAUAGGGUUUUCACAAGGCGAGCUCAGAGUUGGCUUCUACUCUAGAACAUGUCCCCAAGCCGAAUCCAUUGUCAGCUCUGUUGUUAGAGAAGCUACCCUCUCUAACCCCAGGACCCCUGCACUAUUGCUUAGGAUGCAGUUCCAUGACUGCAUGGUUGAGGGCUGUGACGGAUCGAUUCUGAUUGAUAAUGGGAACGCAGGCGAGAGAAUGGCAACUGGUAACCAAGGUCUUGGUGGUUUUGAUGUGAUAGAUAAAGCCAAGGCAAUGCUCGAAAGGGUUUGCAAAGGAGUGGUUUCUUGCUCAGACAUAGUGGCUUUGGCUGCCAGAGAUGCUGUGUUCUUGAGAAAUGGACCAUUUUAUCAGGUGCCAACCGGCCGGAGAGAUGGCCGGGUCUCAGAUAUAUCCCAUGCUGCCAACAUCCCAGAAGUCGGUGACUCUAUCCAACUUCUCAAAUCAAAGUUCAGGCAAAAGGGUCUUUCAGAUAGAGACCUUGUUCUUCUCAGUGCUGCGCAUACCAUUGGGACAACUGCAUGCUUCUUCAUAGAGACGAGACUCUACAACUUCACCCAAGGCGGUGGCUCGGAUCCUGCAAUCAACCCUGACUUCCUCCCAAAACUAAAGGCCAAGUGCCCGUUUCGGGGAGAUAUCAAUGUCCGACUGCCACUUGAUCCGGUGACUGAAGAAACGUUUGAUGUUCAGAUAUUGAGGAAUAUCAGGGAUGGAUUAGCAGUGAUAGAGAGUGAUGCUAGGCUUUACGAUGACAGAGCAACCAAGCGGGUGGUGGACUCCUACAUUGGGCAGCGCGGGAGUUCUGCAUUUGGGCAGGACUUUGCAGAGGCAAUGGUGAAGAUGGGUAACAUUGGAGUGAAGACGGGUUCACAAGGAGAGAUCAGACGUAUUUGCACAGCUGUUAAUGGAGUCCCUUUGUAGUUUUAUUUCCCGUUGCUUCUUAAUUACCAUAGAAAUAAUAGUCUCUGUGUGACGAAAUUGUGCUCUUUCUUUCUUAUCAAUGACAAGCAGAAUUUGAGGUUCUGCUGAAACAGGGCUCCUCCAAA